GUACGUUUGUAAAAUGAGGGGCAUAUUAGUCUGGCUACUGUUGCUGGUAGCAAUAGCUGCCGUGCAAUCAGCUAAUCACCACGGAGCAGAAAUUGAAGACAAUGAGUUUGCUGAAUUUGAAGAGUUUGAUGACGAGGAUGACGAAUUUCUCGACAAACCCAAAGAGUCAAGAGAAACAACGAAAAGGGAGUCUGUAGAGAAAUCAGAAACUGAUGAUGAUGAUGAAGAAUAUGAAGAAGAGGAAGAGGAGGAGGAGGAAGAAGAAGAUGAUCAUGAAGGAGUUGUAGAGGAUGAAGAAGAUGAUGAAUUUGAACAUUUCACGGAUGAGGAGGAGUUUGAAGGAUUUGACAAGGAUGUCAAAUCAUCUCCGGGAAGAGCAAAAUCUCAAGAUACUCCUGACCUCAAAAUCACUAACAUCCCCUUGCACCUGCGAACAAAUUGGGACAGCUUCUACGUCGAGAUUCUAAUGCUGGUUGGUUUAGCCGUCUAUUUCCUCAAUUUCCUCGCAGGAAAGAGCAAGAACCAGAGACUUGCGAAUGCCUGGUUCACUGCGCAUCGUGAGCUGCUAGAGGCAAAUUUCAAGCUAGUCGGCGAUGAUGGUGUUGCCACGGAGCCGGUUCAGGGAGAGAUGCUGAAGGAAUCAGAGAAUACAUACAUGCUGUGGUGUAGCGGCCGCACGUGCUGCGAGGGCAUGCUUGUCGAACUAAAGUUUCUCAAGCGGCAGGACCUGAUCAGCGUCAUAUCGCGGUUACUACGGCCCGUGUGUGACCAGAUUAUGGUCAAGGUGACAAUGGACGCUGACAACAUGGACACAUUUGUAUUUGCGGUGGCGCAAAAGCGUACGGCAACACGCAUUCAUAAAGACCAAGCGGACUUGAGUCAAUUUUGCACAGAGAAGAAAGCUGGUGAAAAGCUCGGCCUACCGUCACAGUUUGUGCUGCUUAGUGAGAUCGGGGAGGCUACGACAGCCAUGCUGGAUGGCAAGAUGAUGGCAAUACUGCGGAAUUUUACAGAAAUGGUCGACUACAUACAUUUCUCUGACCAGUACACCGGACCUAAGCUACAGGAGCGAAGACUAAGGCGGAGAGGAACAGACAGAAGAUGGAGGAGCAGUAUCUGAAGCAGCUGCACUCACAGCGGCAGGAGCAAGCUCAGCAGCGCAGGGAGGACAAGCGUCGCGCCGAGAAAGAGAAGAUACUCGCAGAGGAUGACCCGGACAAGCAGCGCAAGAUGGAGGAGCGUGACCACCGGCGUGAUGUGAAGAAACGCCAGCCAAAGGUGAAGCAAAUGAAGGUACGGGCCAUGUAACUGCAGGGUGUCUGACUCGCUGACCGUGGCGCCACCUAUCAACAGCAAUCGGUCCUUUUCUUUUCUUUUUGUUGUGUACUCGAGUGAUUGUGCUUGUCGUAAUAUAAACACCAAUACGUCAUUUUCAAAAAAAUGGGGGUGAGAGGUCUAAUCGAAUGUGGAGUUUCCACAGUAGCUUUAUUUAAUUACGAAUAGAAAAUGAUUAAUAUUUAUAAUGCCAGUGUGAAUGUGUGUGUGUGUUCAUGUUUAGUACUCAGUUCUUGUCAUGAGUAUGCUUUGUAGUGUUUCCAUGGUGUCAGAAGACAGGGCUGAGGGGUUGUAUUAUCUUGUCGUUCGCAGUUGUGAUAAGUUGACAGCUCCUCAGAAAUUCAUCACAGGGACUAACUUGGGUGCGUGGAAAUGGAACUCAUGUCAUUCAUAUACAGUAUUCGGAGGUUUUGUUUGUGCGAGUCAGAUGAGACGAACAGACGAGGAAAUUGCUAUCGCAUAAAAUGGAAUGUGAGGAGACAAAGCAUGUGGGUAUUUUUUUGAUAUCGUUAGAAUAUUGUUUUAUGGUGGAGGUUCAGGUGACCGGUUACGUUUGGCUUGUCAGCCUCUGGUUUGUGUGACGCGUUAUCCAUUUUAAUUUACCAAUCAACGUCAGGUUUGACUGUACACUGGCCACUUGGGCUAACUGUGGGUGCAAUAUUUAUACGGUCAACCAAUCGGGGGGGGGGAGCAUUGAUUAUUCUUAAACUCGAUCCAUUUCUUGCUACUCUUAAGUGCUCUCUCUCCCUCUCUCUAUCUGUCUCUCUCGCUCUCCUUCUCUCUCUCUCUCGCUCUCCUCUCUCUCUCUCUCUCUCUCUCUCUCUCUCUCUCUCUCUCUAACUCCCUCCUCUCUCUCUCUCUCUCGCUCUCCUUCACACUCUCUCUCUCUCUCUCUUGCUCUGUCUCACUCUCGCUCUGUCUCUCACAAGGAUGCAUUCACUACGUGAGAAGCCAUGUCCAGGAUUCUGUCGUGUCUGUGAAUUAUCCGAUUAUUAACUGAUAAGAGCCUUCCUCGUCAUCUGUGUAAGACGCGACCGUCACGACCCGUCAAUCGACCGCCGCGAGAUGAAAUAAAUUGAUAUCAUUCACCACGUGUUGAAUAUAACAUCCCCGA